AAUAAAUUCAACGAGCAUGCAAUUGACUCUUCUCAGUUUAUAUUUCAACCUAUAAUCAACUAGAUGGAAUGAUUACUCGUUCCUAUAUCAAAAUAUUAUCAAAAUGUUGCGAAAAACACAAAGUUUUGUUUUGAUAUUCCUGAUUGUUUUUGCAUUAGAUUUCGUUGUAGUUCUCGGUCAAGGAAGUGUAAAUUCGGGAUUAGAGAUCGGCGAUGAAUGUGUUUUUAACGAAACUUUGAAAGGAUUUUGCCAAAAACCUAAUAAAUGCGACUACGGAACAAAAGAUCCAGAAAGCAUUCCAGAAGAUUUUAAAAAUAAUCUUUGCCUUUCUGGUAAUAGAGAUCAGCUUGUAUGUUGUCCAUCGCUACUUCAGCCACAUAAUUUGAAAUAUAAUGGCAUAAUUUUUACGAAAUUUGAAGUAAUUACAUGCAAGCAUAAAGAACCUUCUAUAGAACUAAUAUCAAACAUCGAAAGCAACCUUUAUGCAGAAGUUGGUGAAUUUAAAUUUCAAGCAAUGAUUGGGUAUAAACUACAAAGGCUUAGUAACGAGUAUGAAUAUGUAUGUGGUGGAGCAUUGAUUCAUGAGGAUAUUGUCAUUACAUCUGCAUACUGUUUAAGAAAUCCAAGACAACCAGCAGUUGUUAAACUUGGUGCUACAUCUCUGAUCGACAAUCCACUAGAUACGUCAAAAAGUGAAGUCAUAGAAAUUCAACGUUCAGUACCACAUCCUCAUUUUUCGUGGCAUACUCAAGAAAGGGCUAAUAACAUUGGAUUGAUCAAGCUCAAGCGUUCUUAUAAUCAACACCUUACUAAUAUAAGUCCGAUAUGUCUCUCAACAAAUGAUGUGGAUAUUCCGUUUAACUUUACAAUAACUGGAUACAAUAUCAGUUUUGGUGGAGAUGAAUAUAAAUCAGAUUGGCUCCUUAAAGCGACCAGUAAUAUUCAUGAACCAAAAAAUCAGUUCAAAGACACUCAAUUAAUCGUGAAGGGUUACAAUGGCGCUGAAAACUGUUUUGGAGACUAUGGAGGUCCUCUAAUUCAUGAAAUUAACUUUAUAAAAGGCACAAUAGGUACAUUAAAUUACAUUUAUGGUAUUAAGUCAAUUGGAUUAAAAUGUGGUUCAUCAAAGCCGAGUAUCUACACCAAAGUCAACUUUUAUCUUGAAUGGAUCAGAAGCACAAUUGAAUCAUUUGAUAACAACAAUAAUGGACAACAUUUGUUCUCAUAAUAAAAAUAUUUUUUUUGUUCUAAGGCUUUGUUUUUAUCUAAGUUACUAGAAUUCUUAAGCGGCCGGUUCACUUAUUACGUAACGCUUUUAAGAAGGAGGGGGGUUCUAAGUUUUUAUUACGGUUCAAACAAAAGAAAUUUUAUUCAUACAAAUUUUGUUACGAGGGGGAAGGGGGGGGGUCUAAAAAGUCAUUUUUUGCGUUACGUUAUAAGUAAACGGCCCCUUAUGACGACAAGAGGAGGAGAGGAGUAGCAAAAAAAAUAAAUUUCUUGUAAAUCCAUUGUUCUUUUUUGAAAAAUGACCGUUAAAUUCAGACGUGACCCCUUAGCUCAUUUCCUGACAUCAAUAAUUAGAAAUCAAAUUUUAUAAUUGAAGUGGACGGAAAAUCCGUUCAGAACUACAAAUUCACUGACCCAAUUUCAUCAUCCUGCAUUUCCUCCCCCAUCCAUUUCUUUCCAGCGUAGAUUAUUGUGAGAGUGAAAAAAAACAAAUUUUUCGAAUUUCCAUAUAGACAGUGCACUGCAACUAUAGCCGUACAAUUUCAUCAUUUUUUUUUGUUUUCAUCCUCGAACAACGAGUUUAUUCACACACCAAUGAAUAAAUACUUUUAUGCGAAUCGAUUGGCAACAACAGAGAAUGAGAGGAGAACAAAUUGCAUAUAGGUUGAUACAUACACAUAUAUAUACAUUUCGGAAACUACUGCCGCCACGGAGAGUUGAGCAUCCAAUUCAAUUGAUUAUGCAAGCAUUAUGCAUAGCCGUAAUUAAAAAUUCAUGAACUUCAUGUUCCAUUAAAAUUACGUUUAUGUUUCCGUAAAAGGGUUGCAAUUGAUGUUGAGAAGUAAAUUUACUCAUUGAUGAUCACUAAAUGGUUAAAAAUUGAUGCUUAAGUUACACAUCCUUUCUUUUAUUUGGACGAAUAUUCAUGAUGAGUGUACAUGUGAGUUCUAUAGUUUCGACAUUUGAUGACAUUAUCGGUAUUGUAGUGUGUUAAGUUGUAAUAGAGACUAUAAAAGAAUUAAGGGAGACGCUAGAGUUGGUUUCUAU